UUACACCAGUACAACAUUCGCGGCUCAUCGAGAACACACUGGGGUCUGCGAUUCGCGCGUGAGCAGGUGGAGACAGGAUCGUGAGCGCGGGAUGGGGACAAGUGCGCGGUAGAGUGCAUAUUCCGCGAUAUCAGGUGAGCUCCUCUCGUUUAUAUGUUGGAAAUCGCGCAUGUGGGCGAUAGGGCGCAGGCGGCUGCACACGCAUUUUGCCUCCGGAGAGUGGCUGGAUGGUCAAUGCGUAAGGCUCGGCGAGUGCGAUCGGGCUUCGUCGUGGGAUCAGCUCUCAGGGCAUGGCUCUUAGUAUCAUAUUCUUACACGGCCGCUGCGCCGUUGACGGCUCGUGGUAGCUUACGCCUGCACGAUCGGUUGCACGUGCUAGGUCUGUGCGAGGGGUGCAUGCCCUUGUCUUAUGGCCCCCGGAGGAGAUAGGCAGGUCUUAGCUAUUGUCACCUCACUCGAUUUCUCUCCAACCUCUUCUA